AUGCUCAGAGUGUUCACUAUCAGAAUUGAAAUUUGCUGCUCCAAGGAUCCAGAAUGGGCUGAUGUUAAGCUUGCACAAGCUAAAUUCUUGCUAUCACGCAUAGCUCAAUUCAAAAUGCAGGUAUCAGACAAAUUUGAAACCACGCCUUCUGUAAUUGUUGCCGGUGACUUCAAUUCAGUCCCUGGAGAUAAGGUUUGUCAGUACUCCCACGAUUUCUACUUGGAAAUUUCAAUUCUUGCUUUAAUGCUUGGCUGCCUUUGAUUGGCCGAGAUCUUUCUUGCACGGUUUGCCAAAAUUGUUGAUGCGAGUUUAGUUGUAGAUGCAAGUAUCCUCUACAAUCAAAUAAUUCUGUGUAUCGAGAUUUCAUUCCUUAGUGUUAUUUGAAUUGUUAAACAACAAUUUACUCUAAAAGCUUAAGCUAGCAGAGAGGGUGUAACUUAAGUAUUUACAUUUCAACACGCUCCCUCUUGUAUAGGCUAGAUUUUGGGUAUAGCAUGUGAAAAUUUGGAUAAUUAUCAUGGGGGCAGCAAGGUUCAAAUACAAGAUCUCUUGCUCUGAUACUAUGUUAAACAACCAUUUACUCCAAAUCUAUUAGAGAUGGGAUAACUUAAGUAUUUAUAUUUUAAUAUGCUUAUAUGUAUAGAUCUACGUUACGAAUUUUGGGUGUGGCUUGUGCCACCAAAGUUAGACUAAGAUUAAAAUUUGUUUAAUAUUUAUAACUUAUGAUUGGAGGAACCAAUAUAUACUAAGAUUGCGUACUUCCAGUUUUUUUUCUCUCAAUUCUCUUCAAUAAUAGAUGACAUAUUGGUCAAUGAUAAGUGAUCUACCAUUAACAAAAAUGAAGAAAAAGCAGCAGUAGGGGUAAUCACAGAAACAAAUGCUGAAAAGGCUCUUGAGGUAAGUUGCUCAGCUCUGAAAUUAUGAUACUAGUUAGCACUGCAAAGGCCGCUGCACUGAUUUUCUUGUAGUUUAUCCACAUUACUUUGUCAACACUUGUUUCCAUUGUUGGUUUUGCAUCAGCAUCAGUUCAGGAUCCCUAUUGAUAGGAGGAGGAAGGUUGUGUGAAGUGGUCAGUUUGAUUAUGUAGAUUUUGAAUAGUGUUGAGCUUGAAGAUGUUAUUUCAAGGCAUGGAGCUGGGGCUGGAGCUGUUCAAGUUUAAGAGACAU